GGGCUUCUGUGGGCUUUUUUCCUCUGAUCAUGUGACGCAUCCCCACACAGAACACUUCCCUCGGUUUCCACGGUGACAGGAUCCCUCCUCCUCCUCCUCCUCACCAUUAGUGUGUCCACUCGCUCCUCGUCGUCGCCGUCAGGAUGGGAGAUAAAGGAACCAGAGUGUUUAAGAAAGCAAGUCCCAAUGGGAAGCUCACCGUCUAUCUGGGGAAGAGAGACUUUGUGGACCACGUGGACCGAGUGGAGCCUGUGGAUGGCGUGAUCCUGAUUGAUCCGGAGUACUUGAAGGAGAGAAAAGUUUUUGUGACACUCACCUGCGCUUUCCGAUAUGGACGCGAAGAUUUGGACGUUCUCGGGUUGACCUUUCGUAAAGAUUUGUUUGUGGCAAAUGCGCAGGCGUUUCCUCCUCCCCCUGAGGAGCAGAAGACCUUGACUCGCUUGCAGGAGCGGCUGAUGAAAAAACUGGGAGAACAUGCGUACCCCUUCACCUUCCAGAUCCCACUCAACCUGCCGUGUUCUGUCACCCUGCAACCUGGCCCGGAGGACACCGGCAAGGCCUGCGGUGUGGACUUUGAAGUGAAAGUAUUUUGCGCCGACAACGUGGAAGAAAAGAUCCACAAAAGGAACUCGGUCCGUCUCGUGAUCAGGAAGGUCCAGUUCGCCCCCGAGAAGCCGGGGCCACAGCCCACCGCCGAGACCACCAGACAUUUUCUCAUGUCGGACAAGGCUCUGCACCUGGAGGCGUCUCUGGACAAGGAGAUCUACUACCACGGCGAGCCCAUCAGCGUCAACGUCCACGUCACCAACAACACCAACAAGACGGUGAAGAAGAUGAAGGUGUCAGUGCGACAAUACGCCGACAUCUGCUUGUUCAACACCGCUCAGUACAAAUGUCCUGUUGCUACCCAGGAGUCUGACGACGUCGUGGCCUCCAGUUCUACCUUCUGCAAAGUCUUCACCCUCACGCCAUUUUUGUCCAACAACCGGGAGAAGCGAGGGCUCGCUCUGGACGGCAAGCUGAAGCACGAAGACACCAACCUGGCCUCCAGCACGCUGUUACGAGAAGGAGCCGACAAGGAAAUGUUAGGCAUCAUUGUUUCCUACAAAGUCAAAGUGAAGCUGGUUGUCUCACGAGGCGGGCUCCUGGGAGACCUGGCCCCCAGCGACGUGUCGCUGGAACUUCCUUUCACGCUGAUGCACCCCAAACCUCUGGAAGAAUGUCUUCUUGGAGAGGAGGCACCUGAUGAAGCACAGACUGACACCAACCUCAUCCAGUUUGAAGCAAAUGACGAUGACAUCAUCUUUGAAGACUUCGCUCGGCAGCGCCUGAUUGGGGCGAAGGAUGAGGAAGACGAAGAGCCGGUGCCAGAUUGUGUCCAAGUGAACGACACAUAAAGUGCAUGCUUCAAAAGCAGAUGUUCAGUACUUCUUUAGCCAUCUUUGUUCAAAACACCGUCGUAGCGAUGCUGACCUUUCAGGGGGGCCGAUGAUGUUCGAUGUGUUGAAGCGUGAUGAUGCAGAGCAUUCGGUGCAAACGGCACAUGAAAUGUCUUCCUCAGAAAACCGCAAAGAAGUCCCACACGAUCCACGCCAUGUUUGUUUACACUGUGAGAGCAGGGAGCGUUUGGCACAAGUCGGAGAAAAAGGAGCGCUUGAUUAGUUCACCGAGCACACCUGAAGCACAAUCUUGCCUCUUGGAGCAUUUUUUUUGUUCAAUUAUUUGGUAUGGUGUCCUACUUUCUUACAUCUGCUCGAUAAUGUUGUCGUUUAUCGUACUAUUGUCAACAAAACAUGGUAGAAAAGAAGUUUAGACGAGAAGGACUGGUGUUAUUUUGAAGGGACAAUAAAUGUUAGACAAGCUGUA